AUGCUAUAUUUGAGCACCCCAUAUCGCGUGGUUGCCAGAGGGAGAGUUUUGAGAAUAGUGGUUGAGAACUCCUUACACAAUACUGCUCUUCCUCCUCACCAUUAUAAGGUCUCAAUAGAGAUAGUGCAAAGACAGGAAGAAGACACUGCAUUGCCUAUUCCUAAUGAAGAAGCAAACCUCAAUUGCCUGAGAGAUGCAAUUGGAACUUAUGUUGCCUGGCCAUUGUCCCUAAUCACUUUACGACCCAAGGUUGCCCCAUCAUCUAGUAGAGGGUUAGGGAAAGGGACAGGUCACACAAAGGAAUCCAUUGCUGGUCCAAGCAAUAAAGGUGUUGUUUCUAAUUCGUCUGACCUUCCUGAGUUGGCACAAGCUCAAGGUGCUGCGUGCUUCGAUAUGAUGAAGCUCUAUAUAAGAAGUGAUCAAGUCAUUGACAAUCUACAAGAUAUUUGUGUGAAGCUUACUUGGAAGGGACCAAUAUGGCAAACCCUACAUCAACAUAUAACUGACAUGUUAAAGCGUCAUAUGGGUGAAGAUCACUUGAUAUUUGCACCUUACAAUGUUGGGCAACAUUGGAUCCUAGUUGCUAUCAACACCUCUAAUGAGACAAUGUAUUAUAUGGAUCCCCUCUGCAAACAGUUAAAGACUAGACCACAUAUGUAA